AUGAUAUCGGACGAAAAUAAAGCUCCAAGAAUCGGCCCGAUAAUUUUGCCAAACGAUUCAAUUGAAAUACACUUGCCAGAAAAUGGGGAAGGAAAGCAUGAAUUAAAUUACAAUAAAUACACCCCAGCCCCCGAUAGAGCAAGAAAUUGCCUGUCGUUAGCUCAGUAUUGCAAUCACCGAGCAUAUAGAAAAAUAUUACAAAGGUUUGGAAAAAUAUUGUAUACUUCUGAUUUUUGUUCUGGAGUAAUUCUAAUUUUAUUUCUGAUUUUUUUAGUUUUGAUUCUGAUUUCUUACCUUAAUUCUGACAUUAAUUCUGAUUCUUCUGAGUUGAUUCUGAUUUUAAUUUUGAUUUUUUCUGUUUAA